AUGGCCGGAGUCAAGUCCGUUCACGCGUGCCGUCGCGCGGCCUUAACCCUUUUCCUCUCCGUGCGCAAAGGCCUGGAGCCAGUGCUUGUGCGUGAACUGCGAACGUCUCCGUCCCUGCGAGAUCUGUGCGGAGGGGGUAACGAACCCGCGUCGAGAGACUCAGACUCUCAGGACAGACGGACACUCUCCAAAGGAGCACACUCUCCGCAAACCGCAGACACAAGGCGCGUCAGACUGCAGCGCGUCCAGGGAGGCGUGGUGGUUUAUGGAGCAGACUGGGAAGUUGCGUCCCGGGUGUGUACGUACACCCGAAUUGCCGAGACUGUUUGGCUCCGACUCGCGCACUCCGGCGGCUGCACUUCGGAAGAGCGCCUGGAAAACGCCCUUAAGAAAGUCAAGUGGAAAGAGUUUUUCCCAGAUCUGUCUCUCCUACCUUUGGUUCCCCUACGCGUCGCUUCCUUCUCGUCCACCCUCUGCAAUGAGAGGCGCAUUCGCCAGGUCGUCGAGAAUGCACUUCAGAGUGUGAUAGCGGACCAGACCCCAAAAGCUAGCGAGAACAAGGAAAUCCCGACCUCGCAAGCAGGCGCAGCUUCUUUUCUCGCUCCUCCCUCCGCCCAGUCAGACUUUGUGAAGGCAAUGGAGCCUGCACGGCGUUUGCUGGAGGCGCUCAAUUUCCGCCUUUCACUUGCGCUGGCCUCAGACUCGCUCUUUGUCGACGUACAGCUCUCCCCUCGGCUCAGCCCGCGCCCGUACCUUUACCUUUCCCGCUUUAUCUCUGCGUCUCCGAAUUGGUUCGCUUCUUCGCAUUUGCCUUCUCUCGCGUUUCCCCCCUCAUUCUCAGCGAAUCCUCUCGGGGAUCCCCCGUCGCUAGCGCCGAGCACGUGUGCCGACGCAGUGGAAAACGAGGCUGAAAAGGACGACGGGACGCCGAGCGAUUCCCCGGUACACUUUGCCCGCGACGCGCGGUCUCGCGCGCCUUCGGACUCCUUUCCAAGCCGCUCUGAACAGUCGCCUCCGCGCCCCUCCGCCUUUCCUGUCCUGGCGGAGCUGCUGCGCGAGAAUCGAAGUCCACCUUCUGGCGACGUCUGUGGCGUCGGAAGUCCAGAACAAUAUCCAGCUUGUUCAGGGUCUUCUGAUUCGGCUUCUCCGUCCACGCUUUCGUCCUCUUCCCCGUCGUCUGUCUUUUUUCCCUGGUCGCUUGCGGAAACGUCUCGGGCCAUUAGGCAGGAAGCGAAGCUUCGUCUAUUGCGCGAACGCUUCGCCUCUGAACAGAACCGGGGAGAGGAAGAAGCAGACAGCAAACGCAUGUCAGCUGAGGCCUUCGACGAGAACGAAGUUGCCUCUGCCUCGGACGCUUGCUCUGUACUUCCGUGGGCAGGAAAGAUGCCUGACGUGAGAGUCAGCGAGGCUAGAAGGGAGAUGCAGAGACGCGGCGCUGCCUGGCAACCUUCAGCGCGACGCCCGGCGCACGCAGCGAGCGCACCAGCCAGCAAACCGCGGUGGCAAAGAAGUGCAUUUGAGAAACUUUUGGACUCAGUCGCAAAGGCGGAGGAGAUGGCGAAGGCCACUGCACAGCGACAGGAGACGCAAGGCGCCGAGAGCGCAGAGACCGACGACACAGUGAAGAACGAGGAGAAACCCCACAGCUCUCCUCAGGCCGGUCAGGCGUUCAAUAGAGCAGACGAGUCGUGCGGAACCCCUCAGCGUAGAGAUGGAAGCCCUGCACAGAACACGCCUUCCGCAUUCUCGCGGUCUCCUUAUGCUCAGUCUGUCUCUUCCUCUGCUCCGGCAUCUUCGUCUUCUUCGCCUUCACCUUUUUCGCCGUCCCUUAACUCUGCAUCUUCGUCGUUGUCUUCGACUUCACCCCUGUCGUCGACGCCCAGCCUGCCUCUCCGCCUGCCUGUCGAGGUGGAGCUUUUGCGACUUCAGCAGCUUCACUUCGGGAGACGCCGAGCAGGUGUCCAGGCUGCGGGUCUCCUGCCGCCUUCCGCGCUUCCGUCCUCGGCCGGCCUCGUCGAGGCCUUUGAGUCUGACGACGCCAUGGCUGCUGCCGUGGCGCUGGCGAGUGGAAUCAAGCGCGCAUGCAAGCGAGAGAAAGACGUCGUGAUCUGGGAUCCCUUCUGCGGCGACGGCGGUCUCCUGCUCGAAGUGGCGCUCUUAAUAAAAGACGAUUUCCCUGUGUGUCCGUCUCACAUUCCUUCUCCUCUCUCGCUCCUCUCACGGGUGCACGAGGCGGAACCUGCGCAUCCUUCAAGUUCUUCCUUUCCUCCCUCAUCGCCUUCGUCCUCCCCUUUGUCUUCUCUCGCUUCCUCGUUGCCGACUGGUUCUAGCCACGCCCCAGGUGUCGUUACAUUGGUGGGGUCGGACGAGCGGGCGUUGCUCCUGCGAGCUGCGCGACAGAGGCUGGGCAGUUUUCACUCCUUUUACUCUCGGUCUGAGAGCCGUGCCGUUCAGCGGUCUUUGGGAAGCGAAAGCGAGGAAGAAGCGCAGCGACCCGAGUCGUUGCCAGAGCGAGAGAGACCAACCGAAGCGGGCGGGGACGGUGAAGGCGCGAGACGCAGAGAUCGCGGCCAACUCCGGGUGGGUCAGCGUGGCACUGGGGACGGCAUCGGAGGCGCGGAGUCGCGCAUUUGCGGAGCAACCGAGGGAGAAAAGCUCGAACCGAAAGACACACUACGCGCGACAGGCCCAGACAGUGGAACGGAAGAGGUGCACAGAGAAGAAGACAGCGAAGAAGACAGCGACAAAGACAGCGAAGAAGACGCCAUCACAGCUGUUCGCCGUCGCGCGUCGCUCCCGAUGUUCACUGUCGGCCCUCAAAUUGUGAGUCCCUCGUCGCCUGCGUCGCCGCUUCGUCCCCAGCUGGACGGAGAAGCGCGGCGAACGUUCUCGUUCGACGAGCUCAUGCAUGGGGCCCGAGACAGACACUCGGAUGAGGAGCGAGACACGCGAGGCCGCUCGCAAACGCCCACCGCCUACCCCGACAGGCAGACAGAGACUGAAACAAAAGGAGCGAAGAAGGAAGAGGAGAGAGCGGGCGAUGAACACGUGAACGAAGGACGAAGGCAGACGCGCGGAGACGUAGAAAAUGCGAUACUGACAGAGAAGAUUUACGUCCCCGAUGAGGGCACAAAUUGGGGAACCGCGGCCCUCCCUUUCCGGGUCGCCCUUCUUCACGCUGCUCACCACCACGUCGCGCCUUUCCUGCGAGGCGCCUUUGUGUUGACGAGAAUGCCGGGACGGCGCGAAGGCGAGUUCAUGGGUUCCGCGCACAAGAAGGCCGUUCUGCUGUACGAACGCUUCGGUCACCUCAUCGCCUCUCGCGACGACUGGCGAGCUGUCUACGUCUUGACAAAGGGAUCGGCCUUCCAGCACUACUCUCGACUAGACUGGGAGCGAGUCAUCACUUGGCGAGAUGUCAGUGACCAGCCGCUCCAACUGCUGAGGUGGACAGGAAGAAAGCGAGCGCUGUACGCGUCCACAACGAAAGCGGAGAGGGAGAGCGCUCUGGAGGAAAUCGACAUGCGUCUAGAUGCGGCAGAAGCGUGA